ACGCUCAAUGAAUCGCAAUGAAAUCUCUCUCAUUUCCAGUAUGAAAGAUGACAGUGCAAUUGAUGAGAUGCCAGUAGAAGAAAAACGAAUGAAAGCAGAACUCAAUAUUGACGAACCUUCCGAAGAACUUUUGGAAUGGGCGAAAGAAAAUAUAAACGAAAAUCCAGAUAAGACUGAUCUUUUGAUAUCCGAUUUGAGGGAUAUGAUAUUUGAAAAAGGGGAAUGCAUACCGCAUAGAACAGAUGACAAAUUUCUUCUUCGUUUCCUGAGAGCUAGACACUUCAUUGUUCCAAAAGCCCAUAGAUUGAUAGUGAAUUACUUCGACUUUCGGGAGUCUACACCAUAUUUCGAAAAUAUAGACGUGCACCAUCUGAGAAAAUUGUCAAAAACGAUGUUCUUAUGUGCUCCACCCUAUACCGAUCAGUGUGGACGAAGAAUGCUAAUACUCAAAAUUGGAGAAUGGGACACAGACGAAUACUCGAUUGUGGAACUGUUCCAGCUGAUCAUCGGUAUAAUAGAGAUAGCUCUGCUGGAACCUCAAAUUCAAAUAAAAGGUGCAGUUUUAAUCGUUGAUUUAAGCGAUCUGUCCCUGAAACUGACCCUGCAAAUGACACCCACAGUAGCCAGACAUAUCAUCUGUGUAGCAAUGACCUCUUUCCCUAUCCGGCUACAGUCCAUCCACUUCAUAAAUGCCACGUGGUUAUUCGAUAUGGCCUGGAGCAUCUUAAAAUCUCUCGUAACGACAGAAGUGCUGGACAGGGUGGUAUUCCAUCCGGACUACGAGAGUCUACACACCCACGUGGAUCCAAAAUACCUCCCGACAAGAUAUGGCGGAAUCCAUCUGGAUUACCCGAUGGACAUUUGGUUCGAGGACGUGGUAAUGAAGGACGACAGAGUGGUGGAUGAAUGGGAGAGCAUGGGUUUCGGACAAAUCAGGGUGCUCAAGGAGGAAGAGGAGGCCAAGAGGAAGAGAAAAGACUGAGUUUAUUCACUGUACUUGGUUUCGACCAAAAACUUUCACUCAAUUUCUUUGGCAAUGUAUUAGUUAUUGCAACUUCAUUUGUCGAAGAAGGAUGUACCAUAAGAAACUCCAGGGAAAAUUAUGAGUCGGUGUUUUUUGGAGAUAUUCGCCGUUGAAGUUCACAGUUGACAAUCAUAAUCACAUAAAUGAUUGAAAUUCGAAUUUGUAGUACUAUUGCGGCACUCAGUGCAUACAGUGCUGGAUAGUUUUUAUAUUUUUUGCAAGAUAAAUAACCAUGAAAUAGUUACCAAUAGAAUUAUUAUACCAUGCAUGUUAUACUAGACAGGUACUCAGCACUAUUAACGAUGAAGUUAGCGCUAGUUGAUCAGCAUUUAUAAUUUCGCCUACCAAAAUGAAUUAUAUAUCAACCUUAAAAAUGUGACCGAGUAGUUUUUCACUAUCUAGAAUUUGCAUUAAACGUCAGUGUAAUUCACAGUUUGGAAUCAAAAGAACCAUUAUGAAAUUGGAGAUUUUUGUUGUAUUUUCCGUUUUGUUGUGUUUUUGGUAGGCGAAGAACAGUUGUGUGUUACACAUGCAGAAAGCAGAAAAUGCUUAGUUUCGUUGUGACACUAUGGAUUAUAUAAUUUGUCCAUAAUUUCGAAUUACAUACACAUCACACAUUACACAUAUUAUUUUUCAAUAAACUAUUCUCAACCG